AUGCAUGGCAAAUUAACUGCGAGCGCGGCAGAUCACUUUUCCCCGCCGUCUUUACUCAGUCCAUCGACUCGAUCUAUACACGUUCGUCCCGAUGUCAGCAAAGCAACAAGUAAUCCGACGUUGCUAGUCGAUCGAUCGGAUUCUCUUCGUGCGAGCAGAGACUUGCACGAUCACAGCGUGCAGCUGAAUCGCUGGUUCCUGAAGCCGAUAGGCGCAUGGCCGCAAUUCUCCGCGGCCACGAGGAGAGAGAGGGCGAUGUCGAACACACUGAUAUUCACUUGUUACUUCUUGAUCGCCUUCACCGUGAUACCGUGCGCGCUGAACGUCUUUUUCGAGGAGAAGGACCUCGACCUGAAACUGCGGGCGAUCGGUCCGCUGAGCCAUUGGCUCAUGGGCGGAAUGAAUUAUUGCUCCCUCUUGCUGCGCAGCACCGACAUAAUCCGAUGUAUGCAGCAUAUGGAAACGGACUGGAGGAUCGUCAGGCGGCCUCAGGAUCGCGACAUCAUGGCGAAAAACGCGAAGCUGGGCCGCUUCGUCGCGGGUUUCUGCGCGAUAUGCAUGCACGGCGGCGUGUUCUCCUACAGCAUCGUGUCCGGCAUGACGACGAUAAAAGUGUUGGUCGGCAACGAAAGCAUCUCGAUGCUCCAGCUGCCGUGUCCGUCUUACAGUAAAUUCGUCGACGCAAGGUUCAGUCCGGCGAACGAGAUCGUCCUGGCGAUGCAGCUGCUCUCGUGCUUCAUAGUGAAUUCCACCACCGUUGGCGCGUGCAGCUUAGCCGCUGUCUUCGCUAUGCACGCGUGCGGGCAACUCGAUAUCCUAACCCAGCGGCUGAACAAGCUUGUCGAGGGUCAGAAUGCGAAGGAAAACCAGUCGGCACAGCAGAAGAUGGCUGACAUCGUGGAUCAUCACCUGCGCGUUUUGAGAUUUAUAGCGUACAUCGAAGAAGUUAUGAACCAAAUAUGUCUAAUAGAAUUAGUCGGAUGUACAUUUAACUUAUGCAUGCUUGGAUAUUACUCCAUUACGUGGUGGAAUAAAAUUGACUCGAAGAGUAUAGUGGCAUACCUGAUCGUAUAUGUAUCUAUGAGUUUCAAUAUUUUCAUUUUUUGCUACAUAGGUGAAAUUUUAACGCAACAGUGCAAAAAAGUUGGAGAAACGGCAUAUAUGACCGAUUGGUAUCGCUUACCUCACAAGACAGCUCUUGGCUUAGUCUUGAUUAUAUCAAGAUCGAGCGCCGUGAUCAAGAUAACUGCUGGCAAACUGAUCCAACUCUCUAUCGCGACUUUCAGCGACGUUAUCAAAACUUCUUUCGUCUAUCUCAAUAUGUUGCGGACCGUUACUACAACGUAA